GGAAAGAUUGUAAGUCUGGAGCAGAUCUACCUCCACUCGCUUCCCGUGAAAGAACAUCAGAUCGUGGAGACGAUACUCGGCCCCCACCUAAAGGACGAGGUCAUGAAGAUUAUGCCAGUCCAGAAGCAGACCCGAGCCGGGCAACGUACUCGCUUCAAGGCCUUUGUGGUCGUCGGAGAUGGAAACGGUCAUGUUGGCCUUGGUGUAAAGUGCUCCAAAGAAGUAGCCACAGCGAUCCGCGGUGCCAUUAUUCUUGCGAAGCUUUCAGUGGUACCAGUGAGGAGGGGAUACUGGGGGAACAAGAUCGGGAAGCCGCAUACUGUGCCGUGCAAGGUCACUGGGAAGUGCGGAUCUGUCACGGUGCGU